AUGAGGAGAGGCCAGGACGAGGAGGCCUGCGGCGUGUGGCUGGACGCGGCAGCGCUGAAGAAGCAGAAAGUGCAGACACAUUUAAUCAAACCAGGCACCAAAAUGCUAACACAUUUUCCUGGAGAGGGAAAGGCUAAUAUUUCUCUUACUCAAAGAAGUACUACACCUGCAGGUGCUCGGCAGACCAGCAUUACUUCCUUCUUCACCUUGCAGCCAGGAAAGACAAAUGGUGGUGAGCAGAGUGUUUCAUCUCAUAUAGAAAGCAAGAUCAACAAGUCCAAGAAAGAUGCAACCCAGCUAGAUCAUUUGAUCCACGGUUUGGAGGAUAGUUGCAUGGCACCCCCUGUAGCCACUUCAACCCCUGCAGACAUCCAGGAAGAUGGACUUUCUCCUCAGUCCCUCCAGACUUCUGACCACAACAAAAUUGGAACUCCAGUUUUGACUGUGUUGUCCUUACUUCAGCCUCACACCCUAGUCUGUGCUGGAGAGAGUAAAGCCUCACUGGCAUUUUCAUUUACUCAGAACUUGGAAAAUUCUUGUUUGCUGGACCAAAAAGAGGGAGAAAGGGAUUCUCCCAGGAAAAGGGAAUGGCUUCAUGGAUCUAAGAACCAUCAGGGCAUGGAGAGACACAUCAAACCACCUGGGGGCAAAUGCCGUCAGCCCUUAAAGAGGACUAAAUUGGAAAGUAAAGUAUCUGACAAAGAAAACAGGCAGGCUCCUGUCCUUCAAACUUACAGGGAAUCCUGGAGUGGAGAAAACAUAGAAUCAGUAAAACAAAGCCCUUGUCCUUUUUCUGUUUUUUCCUGGGACAGUGAAAAGAAUGACAAGGACUCCUGGAGUCAGCUUUUCACUGAAGACUCUCAGGGCCAGCGGGUCAUUGCCCACAACACUAGAGCUCCUUUCCAAGAUGUAACCAAUGACUGGAAUCUGGGAUUAGGGAAGUUUCCUAACAGCCCUCAGGCUCAGUGCCAAGACAGUUCAAUUCAGUUAAAUCUGCAGCCUGAUUUGCUCUUUACCCAAGACUCUGAAGGUAAUCAAGUUAUCAGGCACCAAUUCUAA